AAAUAUGUGUUCGGAAGUUGGCAAAUAAAGGGUAGAUCGCCGGAGCCAAUCCCUCCGUCUCCAUAUACUAGAACAAGACCUAAAAAGAAAAGCGCGCGAAAUAUUCUCUCUCCCCUAAACAGAGCCACCCGCCAUUUUCUGUCUCCUCCGUCAUGCCGGAGCUCCCGGAGGUAGAGGCGGCGAGGUCCGCCAUAGCCGAACAUUGCAUAGGAAAGAAGAUACUGAGGUCAAUCAUAGCAGACGAUUCCAAGGUCAUCAACGGAGUCUCCCGUUCCCAUUUUGAAGCCGCACUCCUCAACAAAACCAUCGUUGCUGCUCAUCGCAAGGGCAAGAAUAUGUGGCUUCAGCUCGAUUGUCCCCCUUUUCCUACAUUCCAGUUUGGGAUGGCAGGUGCUGUAUAUAUUAAGGGUGUGGCAGUUACCAAAUAUAAAAGAUCUGCUGUAAGCGAUAACGAUGAAUGGCCUUCAAAAUAUUCCAAGUUCUUCAUAGAAUUAAAUGAUGGUCUAGAGAUGUCUUUUACGGACAAGAGGCGAUUUGCUACAGUUCGCUUGCUGGAUGAUCCAGCUUCUGCUCCACCAAUAUCUGCGCUAGGUCCUGAUGCUUUGUUGGAACCCAUGACUGAAGGAGAGUUCAAUAAAUCCUUGAGCAAAAAGAAGAUUGCUAUUAAGCCUUUAUUGCUUGAUCAGAGUUUUAUUUCCGGUAUUGGGAAUUGGGUUGCAGAUGAAGUGCUAUAUCAAGCAAGAAUUCAUCCUUCGCAGAAUGCCUCUUCCCUUUCAAAAGACGAGAGUGAUAGACUGCUGAAGAGUAUAACGGAGGUUAUACAACAUGCAGUCGAAGUCGAUGCUGAUUCCCAACAAUUCCCUUCUGACUGGUUAUUUCAUUAUCGUUGGGGUAAAAAACCUGGAAAAAAGGCUGUUGAGGUUGGAGCUGACAGUAGUCAAUAUCCAAGUGGUUGGAUUUUUCAUUCACGGGAAAAGAAACCUGGAAAGGCUUUUGUCGAUGGAAAGAAAAUUGACUUCAUCACUGUGCGCGGAAGGACAUCAGCCUACGUCCCGGAGCUCCAAAAGCUAAGUGGAGUGCAAGCCACAGAAGCUCCUGCUAAACCACGCAAACGAGCCUCUAAAAAGGACACGGAUGAUCACAAUGAUGAUGGAGAUGAUACCAAUGGGGAUGUAAGGGAAGAAGAAACGGAGGAUACGAAAUCUAAGCAAACAAAGACUAGCAAAAGUGGAAAGCAGCCAGCUAGAAGGAAGAAAUCCACUAAAAGUAAUGAUAAUGAUGAUGACGACGAUGAUGUAGAUGGAGGUGGUGGUGGUGGUGGUGAAGAUGACGGCGAUGGCGGUGAUGAUAAGACAACUGGAACUCGUGGUGGCAAGGUUAUUGCAAAGAGGAAACUAAUAGGAACAAACGAAAGUCAAGAUGCAAACAAGAGCAAGAAAACCAGAGGUGGGGGAAAGAAGGAUACAGCUGAGCCGAAGUCCAGGAAAAGCAAUGAUUCUGAUGCUAGUGAUGAUGAUGGUAAUGAGAAUGGCGAUCAGAAAGCCGGAGCCAAAAAGCCCCAGAAGGAAACCAGAAAGAAAGCCAAGUAGGUAAACUUCUGAAUGGUACGGGAAGUAAAACGGGGCCUGUACAUUAUUAAUGGCAGGACACAUAAUUAAGAAAGCCAUGCUUUAACAAGAGCAUCCAUUUUGAUAGCAGUUUGUUGCUUAAUUUAGUCAGUCAAGUAGUAGUUAAAUGUGAAGUUAGUUAGCAGUUAGCUAUGUUGUCAUUGCACGCGCUGUCAGUAUGUUUGAUGCUUUCCUGUAUUUUCCUGAACAUUAUACAGGAUUUAGAUAUUGCUGGCUUUCUGGGUAAUUGAAAGGCUCACUAUUGUGUGACUAUAGUGGGACAUCAUAAUCUGAAUUGCCAUUUUGCUUAAUUAGUUAA